CGGCUUAAUUGCUAGCCUUGCCACUAGACUCUAGACUAAAGCCGUAAGCUAGUUGUGAUUACGAUAAGCCUCGUCUUAUCUCAUCUACGUGGCAGCAAAAGUUACUGUUGGUGACCCUCCACUCCAAGCUCAAGCUGGCCUUUCCGGCGUGUUCCCAUCCCAUUACAACCCGCCCGACGACAUUGCACCUCCCACUUCCCGAGAGACACACUGUAGUAUUGCGUUUUGUUGCGUAGCCUACCACUCAAUCUCCUGGCAGAGAACCGACAGGCCACUUGAAGGCACAGCGAACUACUUUACGGCCAGCUCGGGAGGAAACGCUUCGAACUACGGAGUACAUACGGCCUGCCUCUCGCUUGCUUCACCUUGAAGCCAUCACACGACGACCCACCCGUCUCUUGCCCACACAUAUAACCACGGCCCGCCAUGAACGCACAACAGCGCCCAGCAGCGCCUCCCGCGCUGCCUGAUGUGGACGAGAUCAUCGAGAUUCUCCCACUCGAAAUCGAUUCCCAGACCAAGUCCAUCUCUGCCACGUCCCUCGGCUCGAACAAAGCACUCCAGAAUGAGCUCGCCGCUCUCAACGCAUUGCACCGCUCGCUGCUGUCCCUCGAGACGCCUUCACAGAUCCCCCCUCCGCCGAUCCCUGUGAACCCCAAGCGCAGCGCACAGAUCACCAAGCUGCGCGACUCCGGAAACGACUGCUACCGCAAGCAGAAGUAUGUCGAGGCCAUUAAAUUCUACGGCCUGGGGCUCGAUAUGGCCCUGAAGCGCCCGCUCUGGGAGCCGCAGCAGCUGGUCCGCGAAGAGGUUGCUUCACUGUACUCAAACCGCGCCCAAGCGUACAUGGGAUUGCAGAGCUGGGCCGAGGGUGCUGUGGACGCCGAGGCCAGCGUCGAGGCCAAGCGGGUAGGCAACGCAAAGGCCUGGUGGAGGAGAGGCAGGUGCCUGUACGAAAUGGGCAGGCUGGAGGAGGCCAAAGAGUGGGUGUCGAGGGGCCUCGAGAUGGAGGGCGAGGAGGCCGAGCUGAAGACGUUGCUGGGCGAGGUCAACACCAAGCUUGAGUCCAGGAGCUCGUAAAGAUCUGAGUAGAGACUUCUGUCUUGGAGAAAGCAUGCAACUAGUGAUUAGGGACCAGCGACCACAAUUGUGACCCAUGGCAUCUCUCUAGUACCAACGAAGCUGGGGAUUGAGCAUUUUUGCGCCGGAAGAUUCAGCUUAGGAAGUGGACUGAACAAUACUAGUCAAGACAGCUGUUGACAGGGAGGCAUUUAGCUUACGCUGGUAUGAAAUUUGGCAUUUUCGUUCAUGGCGUUUUGGAAGUUCAUUAGGGGGAUACUUAAUACACAAAACCGACCGUUCUGCAAA